UUUACAAAAAUUAUGGAGCGAGGCACUGGUUACACUCAUCAUUCAACUGUGCAGGCUCAAGGCUUCAAGGAUGGCGAGGCCAAAAUCAAGCAAGCUAUGGCAAGAAAUGCACUCUUAGUUGAUCCAUCCCUGGAAGUGAUUAGAGUAGCCGACUUGGGAUGCUCCCACGGAUCCAAUGCAAUUCAUGCCGUUGACUUUGUAGCGCGAGAGAUAAUCGAGCUGCGAGAUCUAAAGCUUUCUUCGUCUUCGUCUUCCUCUUUGGAGAUCCAAGCCAUUUUCUCGGAUAUCACUGCCAAUGACUUCAACACGCUCUUUUCUCUAGUUCCACACCUCCAAGGCAAGCCGUACUUCUUCAGUGGAGUUCCUGGAUCAUUCUACCUCAGGCUCUUUCCUCGCUCUUCCAUCCACUUUGCAAUGACAACCUUCGCAUUACAUUCCCUCUCAAAGAUCCCGGAGGAAAUCACUAACAAGGAGUCACCAGCUUGGAACAAAGGCACCAUGUACAUAGACAGAUCCUCGCCCCAAGCAGCAAUUGAAGCAGUUGUUCGGCAAGCUAAGGAGGACCUCCAGAACUUUCUCCAGUGCCGAGCUCAAGAACUAGUCACUGGAGGCCUCCUUGUCUCCAAAUUUCUCAUAAGAACCACACGAGAUCUUGAAGGGCCUCUGCACAAUGGUUUCCAAGAAGCGUGGAAGGAUCUCAUUCAAGAGGGGAUUAUAAGCCAAGAGAGCUUGGACACCUUCAACUUUCCCGUCUAUUUUCGCAGCUGUCAUGAGGUCCAAGAUGCAUUGGAUUCAGUGAAGGAGGAGUUCAAGGUGAUUCACAGAGAAGUUUCGAAAGUCCAGAUUCCUCCUCGUCAACCUAGUGACUCAAUGAGGGCGUUCAAGGCCAUAAGCAAGCCCUUCAUCGAGCAACAUGUUGGAGAUGAGAAGAUUGUGGAGCUCAUGUACUCGAGGAGCUUGUCUAAAGAGUUAAGAAGUAGAGACUUAUUUUCCAUGCUACUCGUUCUUGAAAAAAAAGAGUUUAUAGUAAUCUAAUCAAGAAUACAAUACUGAAGAACAAAAAGAAAGAGAUGUUGAU